AUGCCUUUGACUCCGAGGUGGUGGCAUAACGCCACUGGAUAUCAGGUGUACCCAGCAUCGUUCCGGGACAGCAACGGCGAUGGCAUCGGCGAUCUACCUGGCAUCAUCUCGUCUCUGGACUACCUGAAAGACCUGGGUGUUGACUUCAUCUGGCUAUCCCCAACGUAUGACUCCCCACAGCACGAUAUGGGAUACGAUGUGAGCGACUACGAAGCUAUCUACGGGCCAUACGGCACUAUGGAUGACAUGGAUACCUUGAUCCGUGAGUUGCACGCGCGAGGAAUGCGGAUCGUGCUAGAUUUGGUCGUAAAUCACACUAGUUCUGAACACGCCUGGUUCAAGGCCAGCCGCCAGUCUAAAGACAAUAAAUUCUCGGACUGGUAUAUUUGGCGCGAUCCCAAGGAAGACGGCCCUUUGCAGCAGCCCCUCGGGACGGGAACUGCACGUAGAGAAGGUAGGCCGCCAAACAACUGGCGAGCUGCGUUCGGUGGAAGUGUAUGGACAUAUGCCGAAGAACGAGGCCAAUAUUAUAUGCACCUAGCUCUUCCCGAGCAACCUGACCUGAACUGGGAGAAUCCGGAGGUCAGAAAGGCGGUUUUCGAGAGCGCCAUUGGAUUCUGGCUGAAGAAAGGAGUAGACGGGUUCCGAGCCGACGUGGUGAAUUGCUACUGCAAAGACCAAACAUUUCCCGAUGCGCCGGUUUCAAUGCCCAACGAAGCCAUCCAGCCUAUGCUACCACAGCACAUCCUCAAUGGUCCGAGAAUCCACGAGUGGCUACAGCAGAUGCGAACUGAUGCACUGGAGCGGUAUGGAGGGGAGGAUGUGCUGCUUCUAGGCGAGCUACCCGCAACAGGUAUGGAUGAGAUUACGAAAUACAUGUCGGCAAUACCGCGCGAACUCGAUAUGGUCUUUGACCUUGACUUCCUUAUGGUUGGAAACGAUUGGGCUAGUAAGCCUCAUGAGUUUCAACAGCCGAAGCUGCCAGAUCUGAAGGACGCCUUCGUGAAAACCCAGGGGUUCCUCAGUUGUGCGCCGGAGGCUUGGACGUCAACAUUUCUCGAGAACCACGAUUUUCCAAGGAGUAUUCACCGUUUCGGUCCAGGCAUAUCAGGGGAUUAUCAGAUAGCCGCAGCGAAGAUGCUUGCACUGUUUUUAGCAACUCUAUCUGGGACUCUGUUCAUCUAUCAAGGCCAAGAGAUUGGAAUGCGAAAUGUGUCUGAAUCAUGGACACAGGAGGACUUUAGGGAUAGGGCCAUCCUUGAAUAUUUCACCGAGAUGGAGCUGAAGUAUCCAGGAGACCGAACAAUGCAAUCGAAGGCAUUAGCUGGAGCUCAUCGGAUGUCACGGGACAACGCACGUACGCCGAUGCAGUGGUCGUCUGCAAGCCCGAAUGCUGGGUUCAGCGCUCCCCAUGCUUCCCCUUGGAUCAAGGUAAAUGAAAACUACGCGAAACUGAAUGUAGCAGACCAGUUGGGAGUCAAGGGCAGUGUGCUAGAGUUCUGGAGGGAAUUGAUCAAGUUCCGAAAGGAGAAUGCGGAUCUCUUCAUUGAGGGACAGUUCGAGCUGCUGGAUCGGGAUAAUGAGAGGACUUUCACCUACUUGAAAAAAUCUGUGAGCGCGCAGCCAAACGAGCGGAAGGCACUUGUUGUGCUCAACUUUUCUAACGAGCUGGUUGAAUCCUGUGUCCCCGAACAACAUCGUGAGCCUCAUCCAGAAUUUAUGUAUGGUUCAGCUGGAUCCUCCGCCAUAUCGGAGAAGCUGAAGCCUUGGGAAGGGAGGGUCUAUUCGAUUGCAGGUGCUCGGAAAUGA